GUUCCUCAUGGUGAAUCAGUACAAAAAAUUGAGCUGAUGCAAAAUGACAUUAAGUUGGAGGGUGUCAAAAAUUACUUGAGUUGGUUGGUUAGAGGGAUAUGUCAUAGGAGAAGUGAAGGAACCUAAAAGCACAAGUGUAGAAUGGAGAACUUGGAGUACUACCAACUCUCUAGUGGUAGCAUGGUUGUUGACUUCACUAAUCCCUGCUAUUGCUACAACUGUUGAAACAAUCUCUAGUGCGAGUGAGAUGUGGAAAACUCUCACUAACCUAUACUCAGGAGAAGGCAAUGUGAUGCUAAUGGUGGAGGCACAGGAGAAGAUAAGUGCUUUGAGACAAGGGGAGCGCUCUGUGGCAGAAUAUGUUGCAGAGUUAAAGAGUUUGUGGUCUGAUCUAGACCAUUACGAUCCUCUUGGGUUGGAGCACUCUAGCUGCAUAGCAAAAAUGAAAAAAAUGGGUUGAGUGUAGAAGAGUCAUUGAAUUCUUGAACGGCCUAAAUCCAGAGUUCGAAGGAAGAAGAGAUACAAUGUUUCAUCAAACUACUCUUCCUACCUUAAAUGAGGCUAUUACAGCUAUGGCACAGGAGGAACUUAAGAAGAAGGUAUUGCCUAGCACCACAUCAUCUUCACCAAGCCCUACCUAUGCAAUUGUACAAAGUAAAGAGACUAGAGAGUGCUUUAAUUGUGCUGAAAUGGGGCAUCUUAUGCGUGAUUGUCGUGCUCCUCGCAAGCCUAGUUAUGGGAGGGGAAGAAGUGGUGAUAGAGGAGGAGCAAGAGGUGGAAGAGGUUAUGCAGGUAGAGGUAACAGAGGUAGAGGCUAUGAGUACAGAGGUGAUCACAAAGCUAAUACGGUCACUUCAGAAGAUCACAAAGCUAAUGCGGCCACUUCAGAAGAGGGUUCUUUUAGACCUACAAAUGUUGAUGUUGCCAACUUUGUUCAUUCCACCUCAGGAGAGGCAAACAGGGAAGAAACUUGGGAUUGGCGUCAGGCAUGAUGGACUUUGGUACUUGGAUCAGGGAAGGACUAAUGAAGCCAUGUGUCUAGCUUUGACGACUUCCACAAGUGAAGAAGAGGCUAAGGUAUUACUUUUGCACUGUAGAUUGGGACGUAUAUCUUUUGAAAUUAUGAGAAAAAUGUUUCCAACAGAGUUUAGUAGAGUGGAGAAAUAUAAAUUAGUAUGUGAUGCUUUUGAGUAUGGGAAACAUACAAAACAUCACACGCGAGUAGAGGACUCCGAAGUAUGUUACCCUUUAUGCUAAUUCACUCAGAUGUUUGGACCUCUCCUGUGGUUUCUAUGAGUGGAAUGAAGUAUUUUGUUACCUUUAUUGAUUGUUACU